CUCUCUGCACCAAGAGGAACAACCCUCAACCCUGCCAUAGGCAUGUGGUUCCUCCACUCAACUUCCUAAGCCUUCACAUUUUCCUUGCUCCAAGUGCCACAUUAACAAAAUGGAGAGCACAAGAGAAUCUUCUGUGUUGCUGCUAAGUGAUCUUAGUCCUUUUUCAGGCUCUUAACCCUCCACUAUUCUUCCUUUGUUCCUCCACAUUCAGCAAUCAGAGGGAAUGGAUAACAAGGCAACAAUUCUGAUGCAAAAGUACGAGGUUGGACAUUUUCUUGGCCAAGGCAAUUUCGCCAAAGUUUACCACGCAAGGAACUUGAAGACUGGCCAGAGCGUCGCCAUCAAAGUUUUCAACAAAGAGUCGGUGAUUAAGGUGGGGAUGAAGGAGCAACUCAAGCGCGAAAUCUCUCUGAUGCGCCUUGUGAGGCACCCCAACAUUGUUCAGCUUCAUGAGGUCAUGGCAAGCAAGACAAAGAUAUAUUUUGCAAUGGAAAUGGUGAAAGGUGGUGAACUUUUCUAUAAAGUGUCCCGAGGGAGGUUGAGGGAGGAUGUGGCAAGAAAAUAUUUCCAGCAGCUGAUUGAUGCUGUUGGUCACUGCCACAGCCGAGGGGUGUGUCACCGCGAUCUCAAGCCAGAGAACCUUCUUGUUGAUGAGAACGGGGACCUCAAAGUUACGGAUUUCGGUUUGAGUGCAUUGGUGGAAUCCAGGGAGAAUGAUGGCCUUCUUCACACAAUAUGUGGCACUCCAGCUUAUGUAGCUCCUGAGGUAAUAAAGAAGAAAGGAUAUGAUGGAGCCAAGGCAGAUAUUUGGUCUUGUGGGGUCAUUCUCUUUGUUCUCUUGGCCGGUUUUCUUCCUUUCAAUGAUAAAAAUCUUAUGCAGAUGUACAAGAAGAUUAUCAAAGCAGAUUUCAAGUUCCCGCAUUGGUUCUCUUCAGAUGUGAAAAUGCUUCUUUAUAGGAUCCUUGAUCCCAAUCCAAAGACAAGAAUUGGUAUUGCUAAGAUUGUGCAAAGCCGUUGGUUUAGAAAGGGGUAUGUGCAGCUUGAAGCAUUUCAGCUGCCACCAUUGUCCCCUAGAAAUGCUAAGGAUAUCUCAGAUGUUCAAGCUGCAUUUGCCUCUUCAUCAGAUUCAGAUUCAGAUGGUAGUCCAAUGUCAAAUAAAGAAGAUAGCCCCAUGAAGCUAUAUCGGUUCAAUGCAUUUGAUUUGAUAUCAAUCUCUUCAGGUUUUGAUCUUUCUGGUUUGUUUGAGGAUAAUCAGAAUGGAAGACAAUUGGCAAGAUUUACUACUAGAAAACCACCUUCAACCAUUGUGUCAAUGCUUGAAGAGAUAGCACAAAUAGAUGGUAGAUUUAAGAUCUUGAAGAAAAAUGGAGUUGUUAGAUUGGAGGAAUACAAGGCAGGGAUAAACGGCCAACUCACUAUAGAUGCUGAAAUUUUUGAAGUUACAUCUUCCUUUCAUGUUGUUGAGGUGACGAAAAUUGCAGGAAACACAUUGGAAUAUUGGAAAUUCUGGGACCAGUACUUGAAACCUUCUUUGAAUGAAAUGGUUUGGGUCUGGCAAAGAUAUGAGCAACAGCAGUAGUAGCAUUAAAAAUAUUUUUAGGCUUGGUUUUUCAUUGGAUAGAAGGAAUUCUUCCAUGAAUUCUUCUAUCUAAAUGUUUUAAACAUGCUGCAAAGUUGUUUUCAAUGUUCCGUUUCUUCCGUCUUCAUAUAAUUUUCUUCCUCUAUAUGAAGUUAAAAAAUCUAUGGACAGAAAGAUGGUUUCUUCUUCUGUCAGUUAUUUAACUUGCUGUUGUGGGUAGUUAUAUUCAAUGGAUAUUGCAAGUGGCAACCUAGC